UUUUUUUAAUUUUUACCCUCCGCUCGCUUUUCUCUCGCUUCGCCCUCCGAGCUCCGACCAUCGACUCCACUCUCUCGCCGAAACCCUAGCGUCGAACUCUCUCUACACCGCUCACAUCUCUUUCUCCGAUCCGCGAACGAAGCGAUGGCCAACAGGCACACAAUUAUUUUGAUGCAGACAUCUCAAAACAGGGCAACCAGAACAUUCAUGGAUUAUAGUUCGAUUAGUCAAGCCAUGGAUGGUAUCUGUGGGCUUUAUGAAAGAAAACUCAGGGAUAUUAACCCAACUAUCCGGAACAUAACCUAUGAUAUCGCGGACCUAUACAACUUCGUCGAUGGCUUAGCUGAUCUAAGUGCACUGAUCUACGAUCACUCGAUUCAGGCCUAUCUCCCCUACGACCGACAAUGGAUAAAACAAAGGAUAUUUCAACACCUGAAGAAACUGGCCCAACAAUAAAUAUCAUGGGCGGCAAUUUGUACCAUUCCUAUAACGCAGUAAGCAAAACAUACGACUUAAUAGGUAAUACCAAUUUUUCUUUUUGUCUUUGAUAUAUGUGUUUGUGUAUGUUGAUGGGGGUUUGUCGAUGUUAAGAAUGCUUCAAUUUGGAUGAGUGUAUUCGGAGCUUAAGCUAGUGGUUGCUGUCGAUAUCUAUGCAGUAUGUAAUUUUGUGGACCCUGUAAAAGUAAGAAGGGAGAGGCUUGAUAUUGUUAAGAUGGUUAAGAUACUCUACUAAGAUUGGCAUAUUUUAAUACUUCGCAAUCGAUUGUCGGCAUUAAUAUUAAA